AGGGCGCAAAAAAGAGGGGUGUGCCCAUCAUCAGGCCAGCAGAUGAUGGAAAUAGACUGAAGUUUUGAAAAGGGCAAACAAGAUCACACAACCCCAGUGAGUUGAACAGCAUCCAGUCGUUGGGAGAAUCUCGUCCGAGUUCGUUGUUUUUCCUAUUGGACUUUUCGAAAUUUUGAUGUUGUUCUUGUAGUAGAGAAAGGAUUUGAGUCGUGAUUGCGGUGAAUUCAGUGGGAACGGAGAAGAAUCAAGCUUGUCGUCAUCUUUUUGUUAAACGUGAAAUUAACGAAAAACAAGAAAGAGAAUAAAAAGAAAUGGUGAGAAAGUGCGGUUGGCGGUCGGAAUUGUCUUCACCGCCGCCUUCGGUUCUUCCGCCCACUCCACCAGCUCGACACUCGACUUCUUCUUCGUCAUCCUCCUAUCAACGGAAAUCCUCCCGAUGGACCUUCUACGACGCCACCCAACUCACUUCUGUGUAUCCGGAAUCGUCGUCGCAAAAGACCAUCUUUAGCUCCGUCGUCUAUUGUAUCCACCGCAAAGAAGGAUGCGAAUGGAACGGUGAAUUGCGCAAGCUGAAGGCUCAUUUGCUGUCAUGCUCGCUGGACGCGAUCCCGUGCCGAAUGCAGUGCGGCCAACAAGUCUCGCGAUUGGCCCACGACGACCACGGCCGCAAUUUCUGCCCCAACCGGCGCCAGACUUGCGAUUACUGCCAGGUGGAAUUUACCGGUCUCCAGUACGACAGCCACGUCGGGACUUGCACGCUGGAGCCGGUGUACUGCGACAACAAGUGCGGGCAAAAGGUGAGCCGCAAACAGCUGAUGCAACACAAGGCGAUCGAGUGCGGGAAGCGGCUGAUGGCCUGUCGCUACUGCGCCAAGGAUUUCAGUUUCGAGACGCUGGCAGCGCAUCACGCCAAAUGCGGCCGCUACCCGAUCGCCUGCCCCAACCAGUGCGACUCGCCCAAAGUCGUCCGCGAAGAGCUGGAAUCGCAUUUGAAAGACAACUGCCCGGCUCUCAUGGUCUCUUGUCCCUUCAAAGAGGCCGGAUGUCGAUUCAAGGGUCCGCGAUUUUCGCUGGACAAACACCAGGAGGAGGGCAUGAAACAGCAUUUGCUGCUCAUGUGCGGACUGGCCAGCCGGCAGCAACAGCAGCUCUCGGCUCUUCGCUCCACCGUCUCGCGCGUUUCCCUCAACUAUUCGGGCACUUUUCUCUGGCGCAUCAACGACGUGGCCACGAAAAUCGCCGAAGCGCGCAUCAAAGAAGGUUUCGAGCUCAUCUCGGCCCCGUUCUACACCAGCCAGUACGGAUACAAGUUGCAGGCAUCGCUGUUUUUAAACGGGAACGGAUCCGGCGAAGGUGCUUACGUCUCCAUUUACAUCAAAAUCUUGCCCGGCGAAUACGACGCUCUCCUCAAGUGGCCUUUCUCUCACACCGUUUCCUUCACGCUCUACGACCAGGCUGCCAAUCCCGACAAGGCCUGUAACAUCGUCGAGAGUUUCAUUCCGGAUCCGACGUGGGAGAACUUUCAACGGCCGUCGCGCGAGCCCGACGCUCUCGGUUUCGGAUUCCCGCGCUUCGUCUCGCACGACAUGCUCAAGAAACGUCACUUUGUCAAGGACGACGUCCUCUUUCUCAAAGUCCGCGUCGACCCCGCUAAAAACAUGGCCGUCUAGUUUCAACUUUUUUUUUAAUGGC